UUCGACACGGGAUGAAGGUUAUCUCAUCGUGUCAAUCUCGCCAUUUCUCGGGUCAAAAGAGCGGAUUUUUAUCCAGUUAGUGGUUCUCCGUUACCUCCCAGUCGACUGAAAUCAGGAUUUACCGAAGCAUCAUGGCCGAAAAUAAUAACGCUGGUGAUCAAGAGAAAAUGGCAGCAGCAGCGGCAGUAUCUGACUGGAGUCCAGUAAUACAGGAGGAGUCCUCGCUUGAGAAAGCUUUUCGUAAAUUCAAAAGCGAUCCAAUCGUGCCACUAGGUAUGUUGGGAUUUUUCGGUAUGGCCACUUAUGGCAUACGGGAGUUUAAGAACAGAGGCAACAUGCCUGCGUCCGUGUAUCUGAUGCACCUGCGAGUGAAGGCUCAGAGCAUCGUGGUAGGUGCCAUGACGCUUGCCGUCGGCUACCAUCUCAUGAAGGACUUCACCAAAUCUAAGCCUCCGCCGGAGGUAUCUACAGAUCACUGAUAGUGGCUCUUCAACAUCCGGUUUGUUGUUAGCAACUGUUGGUCCUGGAUAAUUCUUGAUAGAGAGCCAUUGACCUUAGGCAGUACUGCAAAGUGUCACUGUGCAGUUUGCUGAUGAAUGCAGAAUUUGAAACUAUUAAUUUUAUAACAAAGCUAAGCAUCUGUAAGCUUUAUGGCUCUUUACUGCAAAGAUUAUUCAUGUAAUAUCUAGUAACAGACCAGACAUGUGGUAUAAGACAAAGCUUAAGCUAUAGAAAAAAUAUUGAAUUAUUAUAGUACACAUGAGACUAGUUUACAUUCUGUAAUAGUAGUGUAGUCGUGUUGACAUAAUUUUUAAGCACAAUUAUGCCUGCUUUCUAUUUUGCAAUUAUAAUACCCAGGUUACAUGGAUAAUUUUUCAUCAUUAAAAGAUGUAUGUUUGCUGUGGUUUAUGUUAUGACUGUAAAGUUAUCAUUGUCCCAGCAAACAUUAAAAUGCUGUAAUUAGCAAUGUCUAUUACUGACUGAUUGAGAACUAUCCGUUCAGUUGCAUCUAUAUCCUAUCAAAUGUGCGUUGUGACAGAGCACAUGCGAACUCAGCUAAAACACUUAAGCAAGUGACCACUGGUCUAAACUCUAGCGCUUAUAUGUACCUUUAUUGGUUUAUUACUGCGAAGUCUCUAUAGGCACGGAAUGCCCCCGCGUCUGUGUACACUAGUAGUAGUAGCGGAAUAUAUGUAUCACGUGUCUGUCCACAGUGAUGUCACGUGUUGAAAACGUGCCUGGGGGAUUUCCACGAGUCGUGAGUCAAUGUUGUAGAAAGUUGUGUACUUGAUUUAUGCAUUAUAUAUAAAAAAAUCGGCAUACUCGUGUGGGUGUCUUCAUUGUGCGUGGUGCUGUGCUUUUAUAGGAAAACGUGUCGUUUCCUUUAGUAAAUACCAGUGACGUUCAAGAGCAGUGUGACUGAACUUUUAAUCCGGUUAAGAGGCUCAAUGGUGUGUGCACAUUAAAAUGUGAUAUGCACCGUUACAUGUACGUAGAACGAUGCUGAGCAAAAAUGCAUAGUUAAUAUACAGUUGCUAUAAUAACAAUAUAUUCUGAGGUGUUGUGCAACAGCAAGUUGAGAUUUCUAUAUCAUGUGAGUUCGUAUGUCAGUUAGACUGAUGGCAUUAGUAAAUUUGUAAUUGUUAUAGUCAUAUACGAUAUGUGAUCGAGCAUAUAUACAUGUAUUACGUACAGUAAAUAAAACCUAUUCUGUUGAAUCAUA